AUGCCCCCACUGGCUCUGGAGGUGCCGGUGUCUGGUUUGGCUGGAGAGGUCCCGACUGCUCCGGAACCCGCAGCCUCCCAGGCCUUGGUGAUGGCGUCGCCUCCUCCCACUGCUGCACCUCCACUCCCAGCCGAUCGUGAGGCGGCACUAAAGGACGCCGAGGCCGCCCGCGACUGCUGCCGAGAGCUGGAGGAUGAGCUGAAGAGCCUUCGUGACAAGCAUGCCAAAGAAGCACGCUGCCGCCAAGCGAAGGAGGAGGAGAUGAAGGCCCGGGAGGACGCAGUCAAGAACCGUGAUACUGAGCUGGCGGAGUUGGGGAAGACGCAGGCCGUCGAGUGCAACCGGUUGGAAGAGCUGGAGCAGAAGGUGAAGGCGAGGGAGGCCGAUCUUGACGCUAAGGCGCGAGUCCUGGCCGAGGACCGCAUGGCUUUUGCCGACCUCGAGGAGAGAUCUCGCAAGGCACUGAAGACGCUCUAUGAGCAUGGCCCGGAGAAAUCGCUAGCCACCGAUGAGGACGGCCCCGCCCGGUUGUGGAAGGCGCAGAACGGUCAGCUGCCCUUGGACGAUUCGGACUGA